GAUGAUGCGCCGCUUCGAAAAUCCCGUCGGAUAUUCCCUCAUUUCAUGAGGUGUUUUCAAUAUCACAGCUCGCCUCAGUCUCGCUUUUUGUGUCGGAGGUCUGCUACAAAGAUGCUGAAGGGCGUUUUAAAGCACGUCCGUCGCUAUCCCUGGGUGACGAACGUGACCCUUUACGGCUGUCUGUUCGCGGGGGGCGACUUCGUCCACCAGUGGUUUUCCCACCGGGAGCAUAUGGACUGGAGGCAGACUCGGAAUGUGGCAGUGAUCGCCUUCAGUUUCCAUGGAAACUUCAAUUUCUUCUGGAUGCGCUUCCUGGAGCGCAGGUUCCCCGGGAACUCCGCCGGGAUGGUCUUCAGGAAGCUGGUCCUGGAUCAGACCACAGCGGCGCCGUUAGCCACCAGCGUCUUCUACACAGGUCACUCCGAUGUGUCCAUGGCAGAGAGCACCAUGUCUCCGGAGGAGAUCGAGGUGGAGAUGGCUCGAAUCCAACGUCUGCGGGAGGUCCUUGUUCGCCGGGAGUCAGAGCUGCGCUUCAUGAUGGAUGACAUUCAGCUCUGCAAAGACAUCAUGAGCUUGAAGCAGGAGCUGCGGCUGAUUGUUGCCGUUCCAGAGAAAGACAAGACAAAGAAGCAAAAGCAGCGAGAAGAAGAGCUGAUCCUGAAGAUCCACAAACUGGUGCAGAAGAGAGAUUUCCUGGUGGAUGACGCAGAGGUGGAAAGACGAAGGGAACAAGAGGAGGACAAGGAGAUGGCCGAGUUCCUGCGGCAGAAGCUGAUGCCGCUGGAGAAGAAACUGAAAGCGAAACAAAGCCCACCUAAACCGAAGAGACAGGUGCCCGAGCCUCCACCCAACAAGCCCUUCAUCACCAAAUCUGGAGCGGCCAUCAUCAAAGACUGCUGCGGCGCCACCCAGUGUGCCAUCAUGUAACACUUCAGACAUCACACCGUGCGUUCUGGAUCACUCGAGUGAAAACAUAAAUACCUUUUAAAGAAGCACAGAAAUCCAGAAGUCGAUGUUCUGGUUUUCUGGAAUAUUAAAAGCAGUUCACCACAUGACCUUUUGUUUGUGAAUGAAACAGUAUUUUAGUAACUGACAUCAAGUGCUUGAUCUCUGUUGGACUGUUGCUUUGAUCACGUCUACUGUCGUGGAUAGAAUCUGUCAGCGUUUCCCAAAAGCUAAGCUUGUUUUGUUUUUAAACUAGGCGAUUAAAGAAAAAUUCUCAAGAACGUCGGAGCCAACUUACGUUUGGAUUGGAGCGAUAACCAUUAGCAUAACUUCGUAAAAGCUCCUGAGAUCAAACCACGAGAGUGUUUGUAGCACAAAUUCCACACAACGCGACAGCCUCAUCCCAACAUGUGAGUGGACGGAGCGACAUUUGAAUCAUCUUUCGGUUUGACUUCAGAGACGUCUUUCGGGUCUGGUCUCAUGUUUUUAUAGCCACAACGAAUGCAAUUUUCUUGUAAAUGCCUACAGUAGAUAGUAUGUACUUUCCUGUGUGUUCAGGAUUCUUCGGCCACGUUCACAUUACAUUGAUUCUGUGGCGAAUAUUUCACGUGAUCCUGACUUUGUUGACGCAAAUGCGCAGAAGCCUCUGUGGGUUUUUUGGUCUUCUAGCCAGUCCUGUUAGAUGCUCGGUUACUGAGCAGCUUAUGGACAGAUGGUAGGCCGCGACGGUACAUCACAAUCUGCUCAUAAGAAAACUCCAUAGGACGUUGACAUGUGGCCAGAGACAGCUGAAGCGGGAGGCCAGGAUAAAUGUGAAGAUGGCUGCCAAAACUUGACCACUGACAGUAUGCUAGCUUGCAGCUACUUCACUUUAUUAUCUUUUUAUGUGCGAGCUCUCAAGCUAGCAACUUGGGUGCUGUGAAGUCCACUUAAGAUAAGGUCUCCCUCGUGCUUUAGCAGCGUACAUUUUCUUCUUCUUUUGUUGUUGAUAUAUAGUGGACUGUUAGCCGGCAAGGUUGGCGUCAGUCACUAAGGACGUACAACAUGCUUUGCCAUCUUCUUCUGUGGUUCCUCCAGUCUGUCCUUACUUACGCCCGUUUCCACGUUCAAAGUUAAACCAAUGCUGGUGAUGGGUAGAUGAGGCAUCAUGAAACAGUAGUGCAGGGUCGGCAAAACAGUGUGCUACUUUUCAGAGGCUACUAGAUGGCGCUCUUGGUUUAGAAAUGAUGUUUCAUUUCAUGAGUUGUCGAGUCAAAACAUGUCAGAGCAGACAGUGCCAUCUAGAGUCCCUCAGAAAAUCAGGACACUGUUUCAUGAAACCACAUCAACCCAUCAAUAGUGAAUGGGACACAAUAAACCUUGCCUGCUCACAAGUGGCCAUUGUCCCUGUGUACAUGGAAUUUUGAAAGUGAUGUUUUUCUUUGGCCCCAGAGCUUUGAAGUGAAAACAGGACAGUCAAGAUGCUUCUUCUAGCUCUGCCUCAGAUACCCUUGGAGAUGAGGCCCAUUUUUCUUGAGAACUGAGGACCAAGACAGUUGAAGGGCAGAAAAGAAAAUGCCAGACAGGCUUUGAUCCAAAUAUACAGUAUGUGCCGGGGACAGAUGUGUCCUACACUGGAAAAAAAAAAAAACCCUUCAUAUUACUUUCAAGCAAAUGCAGAUUAGAAAUGUCAAAAACCAGCUGGAAAGGAAUUGUGAAAGAAGGGAACAGAAAGUGUCUCAGCUGUUAAGAGGCGUAGUCGGCGGUGAACCACAGUGAUGCUGUUUUCUUAAACUUGACUCUAAUAACAUGAUGGGAAACCUCUGUAAUUCACAUUAACGUAAAACCAACCAGUGACUUUGACAGUUUCAAAAAGCUCAUCCCCACUUCAGGAUCAAUAAUAGUUGAGAGCCUCAGACAAAUGCUAGAACUCAUGACCAUUUAAAACAAACACCGAACGGGGAUCGAUGCAUGAAGAGGUAAAAACAGCUCCAUACUUGAGUUACUUUGUGAAUGUGAACGUGGCCUUUGUGACUUGUCUACCAAACAAUCUCUUUCCCUCCUGUAGUGGUCAGUAUAGACUCUGUCCUUUAGUGGAUAUUCAACAAAUAUGCAGAAUAAGCUGGAACUACCUGUAUUUUAGUGUUUAAAUAAAAGAGCUUCUUUCUCGA